AUGAAUUUCUUGAUUAUAAUAUUUUUUAUUAAUUCAGUUAUUUCAACUAUACCUGACCCAAAUCCUUCUUAUCAAGAACAUCCCAUUUUUAAAAUUACUUCCAAAACUCAUGAUAAAUCAAUAAUUAUUGAUUUUUUACAAAAUGUUGCAAAUAAAAUAACAAUAUCACCAACAAAUUUAUCAAAAUUUCAAUUAUGGUCAACUUCCGUAAGUUCAUCAAAAGUUUCACCAACUUUGCAAGAACAAAAAUGUAUUGAAAAUACAAUAAUUAAAUAUUUUAUAAGAUCAUUAAAAUUAACAGACAAAAUUUAUGAAGCAAGUGAAUGUAGAAUUAAUUUAAAUCCCAAAAUGAAAAGUAUUCUACAACCCUCGGAAAAUAUUCAUAAUUUGAUUUUAAGAGAUGAUAAUCUAAUUGAUACUCAAUUGAAAUAUGUUUUAAUUGAUGAAUUUAACAGAUAUGAACAAUUCAAACAAUUUAAGUUCAAUGAUUUUGAAUAUUUAAAUUACAAUCUUAAUUGUUUAAUUGAUUUUCAGCAAUUAAUGCAAGUCGAAUUUAAAGAAACUGUUAUUGAAGUUAAUUUAGAACAAAGAGUUGAAGUUGAUGAUUCUUGUGGAUUUUUAAAUAUAAAUUCAAAUUUUAUUGGUACUUCAAUUGAUUAUAUCUUUAAUUAUGUUCCACUAAAUGGUACUUUUUAUUGUAGAAAAGGUAAAAGUAAAUCAUGUAAUAGAGCAAUAGCUGAUUCAUCAAAUUCUAGAUAUAAAUUACCAGAACUAUAA